AUGGAAUCGUUCAAACUAACGUUCGUUCAUCGCAAAACGAACCACACACUGGAGGAAUUGACAGCAGAUACCACUUUGAUGGAGCUACGUUAUGCCAUUGAAGAGGUCACGUUUGUUCCUGUGGACAAGCAAAAGCUGCUCGUACCGCGCAGUGCAGGCAUAGCCGACCUGAACAGCCGCCCCGAUGGGAAUGCCGAGGCGGAUCACCGAACGCUGGCAGAAGCGGGGCUGGCGAGAAACUCGGAUGUCAAGGUGACGGUGCUUGGACCGUCGUCGCAGGAGCUCGAGCGACUCUACCAAGACGAGAGUGAGAUGCAUAGGCGCAAUGCUCCGCGCCAAUACCAUCCAAGCCUGCUGCGCGGUACGAAGGCUCGCAACACUACCGCACCGGGCUCGAGCAUGUCACCGUUCGGAUCGAUACAAGCACAUCCGACCACGUCGAUCUCGUCGCCGCUUCACGGCAAGGUGAUUGACUAUCUCACACGACUGAGUCGGGACGCGGGCAUCCUGCACAUUUGCAAGCUGCAUCAGUUUCGCAUCGGCACGCUCACCGAGUUGCUGCCCUGGGAGCAUCCUGGUCUGCUCGGGCUCAACGAAAAUGCGGGGCAGCGCAUCUUGCUGCGCAUACGCACCGACGAUGCUGAAGGAUUUCGAGACUACAAGACGACACGGAGGGUGCUGGUGCACGAACUGGCGCACAACAAGAUUUCGGAACAUCCGCCCGAGUUUAAGAUUUUGAACAGCGAGCUCAACGCACAGAUUGAAGCGUUCGAGCGUGCGCAGCAAGACGGCACGCAUUCAUUGGUGGAGGGAGAUGUAUAUGAGCCAUCUGCGCCUGCGCUCUCGUCGGGGCUAAGCGGUGGACAUCGACUGGGAGGCUCGACAGGCGGCUCUGUUGCCUCAGGCGAUGCAGACGACCGACGACAGCGCAUCCUGGCAGCUACCAUGCGACGGCUAGAGCGUGAAGAGCAAGAGAUCGAGCAGAGCUGCGGCAGCGCGGCUGGUUCCGCCUCUCAGCAUGGACGUCGCGCACCCUCAGCGCCGUGA